UGUGCCGAGGCUGCCGUGGAUUUCAAAUCCAUCGUGCCCCACGCGCCCCGAUCCACAUCCUAACAUCCCAUUUCAUUGUGACGUACAUAUCUUAUUUGCCGAUUCCCGGAUUCCCGUGCUACGGCACACUCGCCGAAGAACCUUCAUCCAGUUUUGGAGACGAUACCUGAGCCUAAGGUGUAUUGAUAUUAACUAGGUUGACUUCAGGUUCAACAAUCCGAUCUACCAUUACUCGCUCCUCGCGGACGUCGUCACAUCCAGAUACUCGCACAAUGAAGACUAGCAUCUUGACCUCCAUCCUUUCCGUCGGUUUUUUCUUCCUCAUCUCCCCAGCUCUCGCCCUCGUUGGCAGCAUUUCCGCACCCACAACCGUUCUCCACCCAGGUCAUAAAUUCACCGUAACAUUCCAUACAUCCCUCUACAUCCAAAACAACCUCCAAUUCUACGCUCUCUUCGGGAUAUGGCCUUCACCAGGCUUGGGCGAAUCAUACUUGGGAAUUCCUAUUCCAGCUGUUGGCCCCGUCCCUGGUGCAGAUGGUGGACUAGGAUUGGGUAACUUUCGAGUUGGACCCAGUGGGAAGGGAAAGCUGGGCAUCGAUGUUGGUGGGAUCGAUUUAUUACCUGUGGAUUUGACGACGCCGGGAAAUCGAACGACGAACUAUACACUUCAAACGGGUGUGCUUGGGACGGUGGGAGCAUCCGGACUGACAACGCUGUCCUUUCACAACACGACAAUCAGGAUCAAGUCACCCUAAUCUCCCGGUGGUCCCCAGUAAUAUCGACCCAAUCAGCAACGUCGCAUCGAUUCCCCUUUCGUCGUCGGAUGAAUACUAUGUGUAGAUAGAUCCCUACAUGCAGUUCGUUUAGGUCCUUGGACACACACGAUUGGCACGCCUCUCAUGAGACCCCUUUCCAUCACUCACAAACGGAAUGGACGUUAUAUUCGGAUUCCUC